AUGGUGGUUGUGCUGGUGGUUGUGCGGGUAGUUGUGCUAAUGGUUGUGCUGGUGGUGGCUGUGCGGGUUGCAGUGCUGGUGGUUGCGUUGAUGGUUGUGCGGGUGGUUGUGCUGGUGGUUUUGCUGAUGGUUGUGCUGGUGGUUGUGCUGGUUGUUGUGCGGGUGGUUGCGGCGGUGGUUGCGUUGGUGGUUGCGCUGGUGGUUGUGCGGGUGGUUGCGGCGGUGGUUAUGCCGUUGUCGGUGUUGGCGGUAGUGUUGGUGAUUCUGCUGGUGGUUGUGCGGGUGGUCGUGCUGGCGGCGCGCCGCGACGCCGCGCGGCGCACGCUGUGGUACCUGCAGCACCCGGGCUACGCGGACGCGUUCCAGACCUCCGGGGCCAGUGGCUCGGGUGCGGCCGCCUCCUCCUCCUCCUGCGACGGGCAGGCCGAGGCCCGGCGCGCGGUGGACUCGCCGCCUGUGCCGUGGCACAGGAGUUGUGCCGCGGAGCCUGCGGUCAGGCGGCCGACCCUGGCGGACACCGAGGCCAGGCUGCGGCGGCUGCUCGGGCUGGAGGGCAGGCCGGCGGAGCAGGUGUGGCAGUGGUCCGCCAAGUCCCUGGAGGGCAGCUCGGCGGCUGCGCCCGUGCGCUACCGCGCCGCCGUGCGCGUGCCCGAGGUGGGGCGCACGUUCACAGGGCCGUGGCGGCACAGCGCGCACAAGGCCGAGAAGGCCGCCUGCGCCCUGCUGGAGGAAUUCCUCGACUCCUGGUGCAAGGAGCCGCCUCCGCGGGAGGCCCCACUGCCUCCGGACCCCGGGCGGCGCAGGCUGGCAGCCUGA